AUGGCCACUGUCGCUCAUUACAUUCGUUCAGACUAUGAUCCUGCUGAUAGAGAGCAGCUAGAGAAGGACACAGGCCAAAUUCCAAUAGACGAAGCAGAACAAUGGAACACAGCCCCGACUUUCUCUGCUGCUCGCCACGCCCCACCUCCAUCCUUUGUUCCCGCGCGCAUUCAAUAUGACGAGUGGGGUUCUGCUGUCUCGCUUACCCAUGAAGUAUCUGCGAAUGCCUCUGCUCCAGAUAGUGGAACCUCUGAGUGGUACAGAGCUUUGACAAGAGAUAACUCAAAGACGUUGGGGAACCAACCACCAGCCAGAUCGUCAAGUACACCCAGUGAGGAUCCCAAGCCAAAGAAGGAGACUACCACCAAGAACAAUUGGUUCAUUAAAAGAGCGCUCCAGUCUGAACCAUCAAGCAAACCCAGUUCUCCCGCACCGUCAUUGGCAGACCUCAUUGCACGAGAUCCACCACCACUACCAUCGGAGGGACGUUUUGUUCCUCCAGUCUGGUUGGCAAUAGGGCCAUCCAACAAAGGCUUCAAUCUACUACAGAAAGGUGGUUGGAAUGAAGGAGAAGGGCUUGGUGCACACGUCACUCGAUCUCUGCGCCCCCGAUCGCCAACACACACAUCAUCUGUAUCACUCUCGCAUGCACCCUUGCAGGGGGCAAGUAUACCGGUCGGCAACGAGAAAUCUCGAGACAUACCGUCCGACGUCAUUGACCUCACCCAAUCUGAGUCAGAGUCAGAAGAUGACUUUGAAUCUUUCCACCAAUCUUCUUCCCUUCCGCUUGCUCCAGCGUCUGGUGCAUCUAAAGACCCUGAUCCGUACUCCCAGAAGUCGCUGUUGACGCCUAUUCCAACGAUACUCAAGUCUGACCGCCUUGGGAUUGGCUUGAAGGCGAAAACGGAGGGUCCAUACAAGCAGUCUAAGAAGCGGGUUACUCAUAACCAAGCGGCAUUGGCAUCCCACAUCAGGAUCUCUGAGGAGCUGCGAAGAAAGAGAGCCGAGGUCGGUCGAGGUCGAAGAGGAUUUGCGAAGGUACGAAAGCGCGAAGAGAACGAAAGGAAACGCAUGCUCGCCUAUCUUAAUGAAUAG